GUUUCCGGUUUUGCUUCAACUCUGAAGUUGCUCAGCGGUGAAGUGAGAGGUCGACGUGCUGAUCUGCGGUCCUGAAUCCGGACAUUAUUUCGGUCAUUAGUCGGUGUGUUUGUUGCUGAAGUGUGUGUUUGUGAGCUGAAUCGGACAGAAAGCCGUGUUUAGAGAUGUGUUAAAAUUAGCCUGUGUGCUGCAGAAGCCUGUUGUUUUGGAGUUGUAGCAGUGAGGCGGAGGCAGUAAUGUCUGGAUGAACUAACUACAACAAGAAGACUCAACUUCUCUAAUGACCGGUUUAGUGCGAUCGUAAUGGCAGCAAAGGUUUUAUACGACUUCACAGCAGAGCCGGGCAACAACGAGCUGUCAGUGAGAGAGGGUGAGACUCUCACCAUCACCAACCAGAACAUCGGCGGAGGAUGGAUCGAAGCGCGGAACAGCAGAGGCGAGGUCGGCCUGGUGCCUGAGGACUAUGUGGAGGUCAGUCAGCCUCAGGCGCUCACGGCAGGAGGAAGUGUGCCACCGCUUGACCUGUCCUUCUUUGAUAAUCAUGCAGCAGCGAGUAACACGCAAGUCCAGGUGGAUUUAGGUCAGCCGGAAACCCCACUCACUCCCAUCACCCCCAUCACCCCCGUGACCCCAGCCCUGUCCUCCCCUGAUGAGACGAGUAAUGGCAGUGACCCGUGGGCCGUGUUCGACACUAAUGCCUCUGGGGGCUUCUCCAAUAACUGGGCCGCGCAGCCUGAGGGCACAGAGACGGGGCAGAGUGGCAACAAUGCAUGGGGGUCUGGAGGACACGGCCACCCUCACGCCUACCCGGGCCCAGGUGCCGAGGAUGACGAGUGGGAUGAGUGGGAUGAAGACAGGAAGUCCUCGGGCGGGUUUGGUGAAAGUGAAGUGAGCGACGGCAGUGCCAUCACCAGAGGAGGAGCUCAUGGAUCCUCCAUGAAAAUCACCCUUAACAAAUUCCCGGGAUUCUCCAAAUCAGGCCCUGAGCUGUAUCUCCUGUCCAAGCAGGUCUCUAAAGGACCCAAGCUGUCUGUCUAUAGUGGUGAGGUUGGUCCAGUGUGGGAAUACACUGAGCCUCAGCUGGACUGCGUUGUAGCAGACCCCAAAAAAGGCUCCAAAAUGUACGGCCUCAAGAGCUACAUAGAGUAUCAGGUCACCCCUAACACCACCAACAAACCUGUCAAUCAUCGAUACAAGCACUUUGAUUGGCUGUAUGAGAGACUCUUGGAGAAGUUUGGGUCGGCCAUCCCUAUUCCAUCCCUACCUGACAAACAGGUCACAGGACGGUUUGAGGAGGAGUUCAUUAAGAUGCGUAUGGAAAGGCUUCAGGCCUGGAUGUCCAGAAUGUGCCGGCAUCCCGUCGUCUCCAACAGCGAGGUCUUCCAGCUCUUCCUCACCUACAAGGACGAGAAGGACUGGAAGACGGGGAAGAGAAAAGCAGAGAAGGACGAGACGGUGGGAGUGAUGAUCUUCUCCACGAUAGAGCCGGAGGGACUGGCGGACCUGGAGCUGCUCGAAGUCGAGCAGAAGUGUGAGCAGUUCAGUCGUUUCACCAAGUCGAUGGACGAUGGAGUGAAGGAUCUGCUGACCGUCGGGCAGGAGCACUGGAAGCGCUGUACAGGCCCUCUGCCGAAAGAGUACCAGCGGAUCGGUAAAGCCUUCCAGAACCUGUCGUCCGUCUUCAACAGCAGUGGAUAUGAAGGAGAAGCUACACUCACUGACGCUCUCACAGCAGCGGGGAAGACCUACGAGGAGAUUGCUCAGAUGGUGGCUGAGCAGCCGAAAAAAGAUCUUCACUUCCUCAUGGAGACCAACAACGAGUACAAAGGGCUGCUGGGAUGCUUUCCCGACACCAUCGGAGUCCACAAGGCCGCCAUAGAGAAAGUAAAAGAAGCAGACAAACUGGUGGCCACCAGUAAAAUCACCCCUGGAGAGAAAGUCACUAUGGGCAAGAGAGCCAGCACCAUGUCUUACGCAUUACAAGCGGAGAUGAACCAUUUCCAUAGCAACCGUAUCUACGACUACAACAGAGUGAUGCAGCAGUACCUGGAACAGCAAGCGAAAUUUUACGAGACGAUUGCUGAGAAGCUGAGACACGCUCACAGUCAGUUCACUACCAUGUAAAGAAGAGGACUGAACUGAAUCUCACCCCCAGGGUGCGCUCUCUCUGUCUCUCUCUCCCCUUCCCUGUUUCUUUCUUAUCACUCUCUCCUGCACUCUCUCUGUCUACUUUCUCUGUUCCUCUUUAACAUCUUUUUGUCUUUGACCUCAGUGCCAUAAAAAGAUUAUGUUGAUCUCAGACCAAAGGAGGUUUGGUAAAAUAUCACAUCCUCUUUCAGCAAAAAAACAUCUGCAUGUAAUGUUCAGUUUUUAAGCCAAGCUCUUCAUCUCUCUCUCUCUCUACUCUACAUCUCAUGGUGUAACGUUAAUUCCGUCCAGCGUUUUCUCUCUGGUCCUGUGAGAUUAUUGUGUAUGAUUUUUGUGCUGCUAGGAGAGAAAAUCCGAAUGAUUAUUUUUAGCUAAUUUUUUUAAAAACCCGAUACACAAUUUCAAAGCUGAAUUUUUGACAUCAGGCAACUCCUUUAAUUCUAAAAUAAUCAGAUUCAGCAAAAUUUCCUGCUCAGAUUUCGGUGCCAUGAGUCAUGUUCUGUUCAUUUUAUAAAAAUCCCCCCAGCCAAUCAGCAGUCUGGAAUAUCCAUCUACGGCUUUAUAAUUAAUGUGGAGGAGGUGCAUUAUUUAUACACUGAGCAUUCAUAAAACAUCCACAAGUAUAAAUCAUAUAUAUAGUAAACUAAAGGCUUCCAUUGAGACAUCACAUCAGAUUAUUUAAUUUUUUUUGAAGUUUAAAGUAGGAAUAAUCUCUAUAAUCAGACAGGUCAAGAGUGUUACUGUGAAUUUUAUAGCUUUUUCUUCUACUCAAACAGCACAUCCAUGUAGCCUGGGCUUCUUAUUUAAGUUAUGUCGACGAUAAAGAAUGGUGAUUUUGCUCCAUGGAAGUGGGAAAUGUGUCGUCAAUUUUUUUGCUCCAGAGUGGCUCAGAUUUUGUUAGCACUGCGAUGAGUGAUGUGUAUAUAUACGUAUCUCUCCUCUAGACUGUUGAGGAUGAGAAAUUCCAGAAAGAUUAUGUUCCUUCCUAAUCAGAGAAAGAGGAAAUGAGCGAGUCGACUGAAGCGCUUCGUUAUACCAAGAAAAAAUAUUCAGUGAGAGAUGUUUUGUAAUAGAAAGGAUAAUAUCACCGGUGGAUUACUUUAUAAGUAGCUUCUUACGGCUGGUGUGUCCUUUGUUGUCCAUGUUGGAGGAAACUCCUGACCUUCAGAGAUCCUGUUUCCACCCUGAAGUUGAUUUAUUUUCCAGUAACUGCACGUCCCGAGGUGUUGUAAUCCUCCAAGUUUGGAAAUGCGAUUAAUUACUAUGUUUUGUACAAUUAAAAUCUGAUUAUAGUUACCUCUAACGUCUGAGGAAAAACGAGUCAGCGACGUUGCUAUAGUAACACCUACAAACAUUUCUUUCAUUUAAUUGGAAGAAAAGUUGUAGCUUCGCACCGAGACUGACGCAAAGCAGACACCGGGGACUCCUUCCAUAAAUAUAUUAAACAAAUAUCUCAGAAUAACUUGGCUACUGAUGAUGAUGAUGAUGAAGAAUGUGUAAAAAUCUACACCUAUGCUUAUGAAGGCCCAGUGUAGGAAACGUGACCAGAUUUGACUUCAUGAACACUGAAUUUUGUAUUGAGUUUUAAACUUAAACA